CAACUGCUAAGAUGACUGACGCAUCCUUGACGACUUACCCAACGAACAUAACAAACUUAACAGAUUUACAAUUACUAACUCCCGUGCGCACUGCAAAGAGUAGUACUGCACAACCAGUUCUGACGCAACAGAUCGUCGCUACUCCAGUAUACCAACCACCUCCUCAACCGGUAGCACCUGUACAAGUCCCUCCUCCUCUCCCACCAAAUUCACCCCGUCAUCCACUUCCUGUUGUCUCACAAGCUCUCCACUCCACCUAUCCAUCCCGCCCACGCACAGGAACAACCCUCCUCGUCCAACCCAUACUCACCCAGCCCUCCGCAGCAGCCGGAAAUACAAGAGCCUCCACCCGUCGUGGAAGUAUGAUCAGCCAGGCUCAAGAGACGAGUUCCCAGAUGCUGGUGCUAUCGAAUCUGAUGACUCUGAUUUUGUCAGUAGUGGAGGCGUGAGGACACCCUGGUCUUUCUUCGUUGAAAUAGUGAACAUAUAUAUAACAGCUGAUAGGAAAGACCGCCGACCAUUCUCGUUACUCCUAUGGCUGGCAAAGGGUUGAAAUUCUUACAGCUUUUAACCAAUGACGUUUUCCUACUUGCAUUUUGUUUC